AUGCGCAAGAUUAAGGAGUUGGUGGCACUUUUACUUGUGGCUGUGCAAAUUCAAAACGUCAAGCCCGUGAUUCACACGCUUAAGUAUAUCAAUACAGCGUCGUCUCAUAUUCCAAACUUCCCAGAGUACUUGGAGGUGGGUUAUGUUGACGGCGUUCAGAUUAGCCACUACGACAGCAAGAGCAGGAAAUUACGACCCAAACAGGAGUGGAUGAACAAAAUCGCAGCCGAGGAUCCGCACUACUGGGAGAGAUGCACACAGAUCAAUAUUGGAAAUCAGCAGAGCUUCAAAGUCCGCAUUGAAACUGCGAAAGAGCGCUUCAACCAAACUGGAGGUGUUCACAUGUUCCAGGUGAUGUAUGGCUGCGAAUGGGACGAUGAGACCGGCGAGGUGGACGGUUGGCAACACUACGCUUACAACGGAGAAGACUUUAUAUCGCUUGAUUUGAAGGGACUGAGGUGGAUCGCGGUCAAGCCGCAGGCUGUCUCCACCAAACACAAGUGGGACCAACAGGACAGUUAUAAUCAAUUCUUGAAUUAUUACUACACUGAUGAAUGUCCUUCUUACUUGAAGAAGCACGUUCGCAAUGGGAGGGACUUCCUCAUGAGAAGAGAGCUCCCGCGGAUCUCCCUGCUGCAGAAGAUGCCGCGGUUGCCGGUGACCUGCCACGCCACGGGAUUCUACCCCAGGGAGGCCGCCCUGUUUUGGAAGAAGGACGGCGAGGAGCUCUUUGAGGACGUGGAGAUGGGCGACACCCUCCCCAAUCACGACGGGACCUUCCAGACCACCGCCGACCUCAAAGUGGUGGACGCCAACGCCAAGUACGAGUGCGUCUUCCAGCUGGCCGGCGUCCCGGAGGACGUUAUCGUCCCGCUGGAUUUCGCGAAGAUCCUGAGCAACGAACGCAUUGAAGCGGAAAAAAGGAGGAAGACGGCGCUGGCUGUCGGCAUCCCGUUGGUGUUCCUCGCCCUGACACUCGCGAUCGUCAUGGUCGUGAAAUGCAGAAAAGGUAUUGGAAGAUGA